GCUUGAACUAUUGUGGCGAGGGAGAGAGGCAGAUGGGGAAGCCCUCUCUCUCACUUAGAUUGACACUUCUCUUCUCCUUCUCUCUCACAGCUUCCUACUCCUUCACACCCUCUUCUUCUUUCCCAACUUCUCUCAAACAAUCUUCACCAUCUCCCAAAGCCACCCCUUCAGACCUUCUCUCUCUGCUGGGCCCCAAAUCCCAGUCUUCAUCCGUUGAGCCCCUCCUGGCCCAAGAACUCACUUCCUGCUUCAAGUUCCUCGUACCCUUUAGGCCCAAUGCCAAGAAACUGGUCCCGGAGAAGUUUUCCGGUAGAAAAUUCUUGACGUUCAAGCAAAAGGGUCAACGAGAAGAGGAGGAGGAUAGGCUUGUUUGGUGGCCCCCUCAGCCGGUUUUGGAGCUGGCCCGCCUUGCCGUUGACUCCGGCGGAGACCCGGCUGCUAUUCAACGGGCUUUGGAUCCGACUAUGAUCACUGUACCUGAUGUUGAAGGAUCUGAAGAGAACCGAUGUCAGCUUACCAGAACUCCAUAUGGGAGACAUUUCAUAAGUGAGGAGUUGAAUUCAUAUAUUGGAUUUUUAUUUGAACUUAUUCUUGCCCGCGGUCCCACUGUUGGGUUGAAUGUGUCGUUGAAUCGUUAUGAUUUGUUCCAUGGCCACCUAUUCCUUGCCUUAGACACUGGAAGACUUGGUAUAUUGUUUCAUGCGAAAGAAUACCCUGCAUAUGAUAAAGAAUUAUUUCCAUACAACAUGGGUUUCUGUCAAAGAGGGUCCAAUGUGACGUAUGAUGACUCAAUGAACCUGCGAAAUAUCCUCUGGCUAGCUCCAUUGCCAAGCAAUUCAGCCAAAGGUUGGGAAGCACCAGGUGUCCUGGUGGUGCUCAAUGCCCGUCCAGAUGGAAUCAUAUAUAGAGAUCUCAUACCCGAAUAUGUAAAUUUUGCAAGGACUAUAUAUGAAGACGAUCUUGGGGAGGUUGCAGUUGAUGUCAACUAUUUGGCUGUGGGAAAUCCGGAGCCGAGGUUUCAACUUUUUAUUUGCUGAUGCUCAGUCCGAAGUAGCCAUAUUUGCAGAUUAUGUAUCGUGGUCGCGGAUCAACCUGAAAUGAGAUAUUUGCCAGAAUUAAGUUGGAAACUUGGAAUUAUGAAAGCGAGGUGAUUCCUUUGGUAUGAUUGCAGAAGGUGAGAGAUCAUUCGUUUCGGUUUUACUGGUGGCAGAUUGCAUGUCAAGAGUCUUGGUGCGUGUGGCUCUGCUACUUCCUAGGUUUGGAGCUCAGCCUAUUCAUUGAUGUAACUCAAUUGAAUGUCGCUAAACAUUAUAUCUUCCCAUAAUGUAAUAAAAAUGUGAUGGGGUAUACAAAGCAGAGCUAAGAUUAAGCAUGUCUA